AUGAGCAGACUGUGGAUACAGAACCCGAAUAGAUGCGCAGACGAAUACUUGGAUGGAAUCGAGGAUUUCAUUGAGUUUGCACGUAGACACAACCCGGGUGCAACUAGAAUCCAUUGUCCUUGUAGGAGGUGUAACAACACAUUGUGGGAGACAAUUGAAAAUGUUGGAUUUCAUUUAGUAAGGAAUGGAAUGAUUGAGACAUAUAGCAUUUGGAACCUUCACGGAGAACAAUUAGACAAUGCUUCGUCUUCAAAUGCCAUAAGAGUGGACAAUGUUGAACCUAUUGUGGAUCCUAAUGAACAAGUGAUGGAUAUUAUAAACGAUGUUUUUCCAUUUGCAUCGACGAACAUCAAUCAGGAAGGGGAAGAUGACGUGCCUACACCAAUGGACAGUAUAGAGUUCGAACAAUAUGAAAAACUAUUAAAAAAUGCCAACCAAGAGUUAUACCCAGGGUGCAAGAGCUUUUCCGUUCUCACGGCCAUUGUGGAGCUAAUGCACGGAAAAAUAAAAUAUCGUAUGUCGAACUUGUGUUUUGAUUACUUUUUGGGGGUUUUCAAGAGAAUGCUUCCGACGGACAAUUGUUUGCCGAAAGACCAUAAACACGCGCAGAAGGUGUUGAAUGGUCUUGGAUUGGGUUAUGAAAAAAUUCACGCUUGCAAAAAUAAUUGCAUGUUAUUCUACAAAGAGUAUGAAACAUUGGAUACAUGCCCUAUAUGCAAUGAGUCGAGGUUCAAAAUGACAUCUCAGAAUAGAACGACUAAGAUCCCACAAAAAGUCAUGCGUUAUCUGCCUCUGAAACCUAGGCUUCAGCGAUUGUAUAUGUCGACACAUACUGCCACAGACAUGAGAUGGCAUAAGGAAAAACAGGUAGACGAUGAUGUGAUGCGGCAUCCUGCAGAUGGGGAAGCAUGGAAAGAGUUCGAUCGAACGUUCCCUGACUUUGCUGCUAAUCCUCGAAAUGUUAUAUUGGGACUUGCCACUUACGAAUUAAAUCCGUACGGGGUUCUAAACCAACACCACAACACUUGGCCGAUUUUCGUAUUUCCAUACAAUUUGCCGCCUUGGAAAUGCAUGAAAAAAGAGUACAUGAUGUUGACUGUUUUGAUAACUGAGGAUCCUAGUAGGUCAAUCGAUGUUUACUUAAGGCCGUUGGUUGAUGAGCUCAAGGAUUUAUGGCCAAACGGUGUGCGCACGUACGAUAAAUCCACUGGGAAGAUGUUCACUUUGCGGGCAGCAGUGAUGUGGACUGUUAAUGAUUUUCCUGCAUAUGCAAUGGUUUCUGGGUGGAGCACAAAGGGUUAUAUGGCAUGCCCUAUGUGCAAGGAAGAUGUAACUUCUAGUUGGCAUGCCGGAAAAUUCGACGGGAACACAGAGCCUCGCCUUAGACCUAGAGAAUGGUCUGGUGAUGACAUCUUGGAACAGCUUAACCGUUUGGAUUUUGCUCCGUUCGGCAAAACAGUUAGUCGAACCAGACCUUCUACACAUAUGAACUGGACGCACAAGUCUAUGUUCUUUGAGCUCCCAUAUUGGUCGAAACUAAAAUUGAGACACAAUCUUGACGUUAUGCAUGUUGAGAAAAAUGUGUUUGACACUUUGAUAGGUACGAUUCUAGACAUCGAGGGCAAGACAAAGGACACGAUCAAAGCUCGUCUUGAUUUGGAAAGAAUGGGCAUACGAAGAGGUUUAUGGAUGAACAGGGACGGUGAUAAAGCUAGAAGGGAUCUGGCAUUUUUUUCCAUGAAACCGAAUGACAAAAAAGAAUUUCUAAAGUUUGUAUCGUCGGUAAAGUUUCCCGAUGGGUAUGCUUCUAAUAUCGCGCGUUGCGUGAAUGUUGACGAGGGUAAAUUUACUGGACUUAAGAGCCAUGAUUGCCAUGUGUUUAUGCAACGAUUUUUUUCCCAACUGACGGCAAAAACAUUGCGAAAGACGGACAUGCAUCAAUUGCGCCAUGACAUUGUCCAAGUCCUAUGCAAGUUUGAGAUGAUAUUCCCUCCAGCUUUCUUCACAAGUAUGAUCCACGUGAUGGUUCAUUUGCCAGAAGAGGCAUUGCUUGCUGGUCCUGUCAACUAUCGUUGGAUGUAUCCAAUAGAAAGGCUGCUUGGAGAGCUGAAAAAAACUGUACGCAACAGGGCGAAGCCCGAAGGGUCAAUUAUAGAGGCUUGGGUUCAAUAUGAGUCGCUUACUUUCUGUGGAAUGUAUUUACAAGAUGUGGACACAGCUUUCAAUCGUCCUCAACGCAAUAAUGACGGAGGUGUGAGAAAUGAGAAACUUUCUGUUUUUGCCCAAAGAGCACGACCAUUUGGAGAUCCUGUACGAGGAGAGUCGUUUUCCAUAAAUGACAUGCAGGUAGCACAUUGGUUCGUACUGAACAAUUGUGAUGAGAUAAUGGCAUACUUAGAUGAGCAUGAAGAGAUGAUGAAGCGAGAACAUCCAUCACAUUUGUAUGCCACGAAACACCGUGAAUUGUUUCCACAAUGGUUUUUGGAAAUUGUCAACAAGUUGAAAUCAUCGAAUUCCCCCACUUACAGUGAAGAGUUAUAUAACUUGGCGUUCGGCCCGAUUCGGGCUGAAUUGUUCUCGGGUUGCCAUGUUAACGGCAUCAAGUUUUUAGGGGCUGCACGAGAUGACAAGUUGUGUACGCAAAACAGCGGUGUCCAUGUCCCAGGUGGAGGCGAAAGUAUGGACAUUGAUUUCUAUGGCAAACUGACAACGGUCGUGCAAUUGCUUUACAAAGACCAAUACCAAGUGAUCAUGUUUAAGUGUCGAUGGUUUGAUACAAACCCAAAUAGGCAAGGAAGUGUUAAAAUCGACCAUGGCUUAAUAUCAGUGAACAUUAACAGAACUUGGUAUGAUGACGACCCUUUCAUUUUGGCAAACAUGGCAAAACAGAUUGUGUAUCUAGAUGACCCUAAAGCCAGGAGCGGUUGGAAAGUUGAUCAGCAUAUGGAUCAGAGGAACGUGUAUGCUAUACCAGAACUAGACCCAAUUGACAACGACGUCACUGACCAACGUUUGGAGUCUUCCAUGGAAAAUGAUGCAGAAACACUUCGAGAUACAAAUGUUAUACAAGAACCAUUUCAGGUUCAAGGAGUGUCUUCAAUCGAAAUACCGAUUCAGUCAAUUACAAUUGACCUCGGUGAUCUUCAACGAUAUGAUGUUCCAGUGGGCCCGAACUACGAAAGUGAUGAGGAGGAGGAUUGGGAAACCGAAAGUGAUGAUAGCGACGAUAACGAAGGUUAUUAUAGUUCAGAUGAUGAAUAA